CGGAAGUUGUACUUGCACCCACCCCUUUCCUCCUCCCACAAUUCCGCGCGCUCUUUCUUUCCAACUUGGGACCUGUAGGAUGGCUCCCGCAAAGAAGGGUGGCGAGAAGAAGAAGGGCCGGUCCGCCAUCAACGAGGUGGUGACUCGAGAAUACACUAUCAAUAUUCACAAGCGCAUCCAUGGAGUGGGCUUCAAGAAGCGUGCCCCUCGGGCACUCAAAGAGAUCCGGAAAUUUGCCAUGAAAGAGAUGGGAACUCCAGAUGUGCGCAUUGAUACCAGGCUUAACAAAGCUGUCUGGGCCAAAGGCAUAAGGAAUGUCCCAUACCGUAUCCGUGUGCGGUUAUCCAGAAAACGCAAUGAAGAUGAAGAUUCACCAAACAAGCUCUAUACUUUGGUUACCUAUGUACCUGUUACUACUUUCAAAAAUCUACAGACAGUCAACGUGGAUGAGAACUAACUGGUGAUUGUCAGACAUACCAAAUAAAAUUAUAAAAU